AUGUCGUUCGUACUGGAACAGGUCCAGCGAAUCGACGCCCAGCUCGACCGAGUGCAGCUCUCGCAGCUGAAUACCACGAUCUCUGCUUCGUCGCAGAAUGAACAGCAGCGACUGAAACCCACGACACGAGUGUUCGCAUUGCAAGCUGCCAUCAGAGGCCUGAGCCCAGGAAGCUCGGAGAGGAGUGGACUGGUGAAGAUUGGAGCUGUAAGAGCAUGUCUCUCGGCACUGAGGGCGAAGGGAGAAGUCGGCGCGCAAGUGGAAGAGGAAGUGGAGAGGAAAGAUGGAUAUGAGCAGGAAUUGGAGUGGAUGCUCGUUUCGAAAGCUACGACGCAGGUUUAUGGGCAUGUGCUGAAUGGGAUACUGGACGAAGCGGUAAAGCUUAGCGAUGAUAUCUGGUAUUGGGAUGAGGUGCUCGGCUCACAGCAAUACACGGCUUUGUACAGCAUUCAGACGUCGCCGCUCAGGUUAUGGGAUUGGGGGAGUAAAGUCUGGGAAGACGUGAAAGAGCGAGGUGGGAAUUUCAGCUUGAGGAGUGCAAGCCAAGAUGCACAGGACACUGUCUCGCAGAGGUGGAAGGAAUUCUACGGUCUGGUGCGGCAGGUCGUGAGGGAGAGGAGUGUGAAGGAGGUACACAAGCAGAUGCUCAGCCCUGUGACUAGGAUUCGAGGGGAAAUUCGAGCAAAGCAGAACGCGCUGAAGAAAGUACGGAUACGCAAUGCGAAUGCACUGGGAGUACUGCUUGGUGAAGGGCUGGCGAAUGACAGCGUUCACGGAGAGGGCUUGACGGCUACUGUGCAGACGGAGGAAGAGUCGCAAGAGAAGUGGCUUAGAUGGAAGGCUGCUAUCAAACACAAUGUUGCGCUCAUGGAGGCGGUGUUGGCGAAGAUCAACGAUCUGGAGACGCCGGUGGACAACUUUGAUGCCAAUAUUGCUGAGUUGACGGAUGAUGACCCACUCUAUGCUGUCGAUUCGCAGGACUCAUCAUUACCACCACAAGCGGUUGCUGAGAGGUUGUCGAGAGUCCUGGUGCUUGGAUUGAGCCAGUACACUAAUUCGACGAAGGCACUGGUCCAGGAACAUGGCACACCGUCACGACUCGUACGGUACUGGCUACCCAUCAGCAUAGCCGUUCUGUCCUCAAGUACAGUCCUCAGAGUCGUGGUCAACCGCCAAGCCGAAAUCAUCCAAUGGAUCCAAGAGCUGGGGACAACAGUCGUGGAUUUCUGGCAUAAUUGGGUCGUCGAACCGACCCGCAACGUAAUCCGCACGAUCCGUCACGACGAAGGCAGCGAAAUCAGCAUCAUGUCCAAACGCUCCCUCCAAGGCGACCGCGAGAGCCUCGAACGCAUGGUCGUCGACUUCGCCAUCGACAACCCAUCCAACGCCACCGGCUCAUCUGCCCAACUAACAGAAACCGACAUCGCCGCCAUCCGCACCAAAGUCGCCGAAGGCGACCUCACCCCCGUCCUCAAAGCCUACGAAAAAGACCUCACCUCUCCCUUCCUUGGCGCCGUCCGCGGCAACCUGAUCCGCGCCCUCCUAAUCCAAAUCCAAAAAACCAAAGUCGACGUCGAAGUCGCCAUGGGCGGCAUCGACGCCCUGCUCAAAUCCCAAGAACUCCUCAUAGGCUUCAUCUCCUUGACUCCCGGCUUCCUCCUCACCUACGCCAUAGCGCACUACAUCCGCGGUACGCUGACCACGUCCCGGGGCUCGAAGGCCGCGAGGAAACACGGCAAGAUGUUGCGCCAGCUGAGGAAUAUCGAUCGGAUUGUUAGUGGUGCGACGCCGACGGAGUAUGGGGAGUUGUCGUAUAAGGAUCAGGGGUUGCUGCUUUGUGAGGUGCAUGUGCUGAGGCAGAGUGCAAGGAGGGUUAUGGCGACGGAGGUUUGGAGGGAGUUUGGCGAGGAGUGUGAGGAGCUUUGUGAUGUUAGGGUGGGCGUGGAGAGGCAGAGGCGGUGUGUGGAGAGGGUGAGGUGGGCUUAUGGGAGGUGGUUGGGGUGA